GCUGCACCGCAGCAGCUGCUAAUCAGGAAGCUCGUCGAUAGCAGUGAUCCAGUAUGGCAAGAACGGCGCCGACGACGGCCCUAACGGUCCUGGCUCUGGGGCUCGCGCUGCUAUGCGCCGCCGGCCCGGCCGCCGCGCAGAACUGCGGCUGCCAGCAAGGCUACUGCUGCAGCAAGUACGGUUACUGCGGCAUGGGCGACCCCUACUGUGGCGAGGGGUGCCGGUCCGGACCGUGCUACUCAUCAGGGGGUGGUAGCGGCGGCGGCGGGAGUGGCGCCAACGUGGCUGGCGUGGUCACCGACGCGUUCUUCAACGGGAUCAGGAACCAGGCCCCGAGCUCGUGCGAGGGCAAGAACUUCUACACGCGGAGCGCGUUCCUGAACGCCGCCAACGCGUACCCGGGCUUCGCGCACGGCGGCUCCGAGGUCGAGGGCAAGCGCGAGAUCGCCGCCUUCUUCGCGCACGUCACGCACGAGACCGGACAUUUCUGCUACAUCAGCGAGAUCAACAAGAACUACAACUACUGCGACGCGAACAACCGGCAGUGGCCGUGCGCCCCGGGCAAGAAGUACUACGGGCGCGGCCCGCUGCAGAUCUCGUGGAACUACAACUACGGGCCUGCCGGCAGGGACAUCGGCUUCGACGGGCUGGGGAACCCCGACAGGGUUGCUCAGGACCCCGUGAUCGCGUUCAAGACGGCGCUCUGGUUUUGGAUGAAAAACGUGCACGGGGUGAUGCCGCAGGGGUUCGGCGCCACCAUCAGGGCCAUCAACGGCGCCCUCGAGUGCAACGGGAGGAACCCCGACCAGAUGAACGCGCGGGUGCGCUACUACAGGCAGUACUGCCAGCAGCUCGGCGUCGACCCCGGGAGCAACCUCACCUGCUAGAGGUGUUGCUUGGGUUCAUGCAUACAUGCUUGGCUCGUGAAGAAUAAAGGGUACUCAGCGUCGCAUACUUGAAAUGGCAACGGGAGUGAAACCCAGAGCUUAUGUACUAGUAGUAGCAACAAUAAAAAUGCAGGGGCAGGGCAGGGCCUGUCUAAUUCGACCUAAUAAUAAAAAAAGAAGCACAGUGCGGUGAGCACUUGGCAAGUA